CAGUCGUCCUCGUCCUCGCCGUUGCCGCGCCCCAUUUGUUGGUUGCAUUUGCUCUCCUCAGCUCUGCACCGCGACCUCCACUUCGCUUGGCGCCAGCCAGCCAUGUUCACGGACGGCAUGUCGAGGCUGGCGGUGGCGGUGAGCGUCACGGUGGCGCUGAGCCUGGCCAUCUUCCUCACCAUCCUGGUGCUCCUCCUCGCGGACCUCAUCUGCGCGCACCUCCGGCGCCGGCGGCUCCGCGCCGAGGCGUCCCGGUCGAAGCUCGGCCUGUCCCUGGCGACGACGUCCCCGGAGCGCGGCACCGACGACGCCGCGUCGUCGGUGGCCACCACGGCGGCCGCGCGCGAGGCGCUCGCCGGCACGCCGCCCUUCUACUACGCGCACGGCGUCCUGCACGCGCCCACCAGCACCAAGGACCUCCUCCUCGCCAUCCCCAGGCUGGAGGGCGCCGUGUGGCGGUGGUCGCCAGCGCGCCGCUCCUCGCCGUCGUCGGGCUCGGGCUCCUCGGCGCGCGGCGACGGGUUCAUGUGCAUCUCCAACCCGGUGUACGACCGGGGCCAGGUGGCCGCGGCCGUCGCGGGUGCCGGUGCCGGCGGGGAGACGACGCCAUUCGAGACGCCCGGCGCGUCGCCCUCGCCGUCGCCGUUCGGGAUCACGGAGGAGUCGGACGCGUACGACGAGGAGGACGGCGGCGGGUUCUCCCCGCCGCUGUCGGCGAUGAGGAAGCUCCCGCCAUUGGGCGUUCUGGCCGCGUACCCACCACCGGCGCUGAGCUUCGCGGAUGCCAGGCCGUCGCUGGCCACGGUGACCGACACCAACCGGGCCUCCUCGUCGUCGUCCGCCUACUUCUUCUCUUCAUGGUCGUCGAAGUAAGAGAUCACUUGUAAUCUGCGCCGAAUGUAGUGAGAUGGACGUGCUUUGCAGCUUGAUUUCAUUCAUUAUUUUGGCCAUUUUCCUUUGCAGUUUCUUGCACAUUCCAUCUGCACUAGCUUACGAUGCCGUUUCUGCGUGCGAAAACCAGAGUUUUUGCUCAGUGUUUUAUCCAAAUAAAUAACCCACCAAAUUUGUUUCCACCA